CUUCUUUCUACUUUCCUCUUUGACCAACCUCUCAAAGCAGCACAUUCUUCAACUUUCAUCAUAGUUGGUCGAGUUUUGUCGGCGAAUUCAUUUCCUCUUCAACCACCUCGUGCUCUUUCUAGUCCACUUGCAAUUCCUACAAAUUCAAGUUGCAGUUGCUACUUUGCGGUAUCAGUUUGUAUUAGAUUCCCACGAAGAAAACAUGGCACAGCUAGAAAAAGAUGAGGUUAAAAUGAUGGCAGAAAUAUCUGAUGUAGUCGAGGAUUCUGAAUUACGGAGGCGUGUGUCUAGGACACCAAAUGCAUCAAUUUCUAUUCCUAUAGCCUCCUUGAAAUCAUAUGAAGGAACAGCAAGUCCAACUGCGAUAGGAAACAUAGCAGAGAGCACAAACAUAUUUCAUACUUUGGAUGGUGCACAUGAAAAUGAUUGGAAUAACGACUUUGAUAUAAAGCAUAAAUACUUAAGUAGGUCUGAGAAACUAGUAAUGUGCAACGAUCCUUAUUGUUCUACUUGCCCUACUUAUAUCAAGGCUUCUCGAAAACCUUCAACUAAAGUUCAUCCCAAGUUCAACAAUAAUCAUUGUGGGGAUGACAAGGGUUUUGGACGAAAACUAAUUUAUUUCGUCUCUUCAUAUGUUCCUGGAGUUAUGAAUCCUCAUGCUAAAGUUGUACAACAAUGGAACAAGAUUUUGGCCCUCUUUUGCUUGGUGGCAAUUUUCGUUGAUCCAUUAUUUCUUUUCUUAAUCUAUGUGAAGAAGGAUGACAAAUGUAUUGCAAUAAACCGGACAAUGCGAACUCCACUUGUUUUAGUUAGAAGUAUUAAUGAUUUGAUAUAUUUGUCAAACAUUCUUCUCCAGUUUAGGUUGGCUUAUGUUUUUCCUGGGUCAAGGGUAUUGGGUGCUGAUGAUUUAGUUGACCAUCCCAAGAAAAUUGCUCUUAAUUAUCUGAAGAGUUAUUUUCUUGUUGACUUAUUUAUUGUACUUCCUCUUCCUCAGAUAAUCAUAUUAUUUGUCCUACCAAAGUUUAUGGGAUCAUCAGGAGCAAAUUAUGCUACAUAUCUUGUGCGUGCAAUGAUAUUUUUGCAACAAUUUCCCAGAUUAUUCAGGUUUUUACAAAUUGUACGGUCUACAACGGCAUUCAUACUUGAGCAAGCAUUAGCGAAAGACAUUAAAAAUCUACUCAUUUUUAUGCUCUGUGGCCAUUUUGUUGGUUCUUGCUGGUACCGCUUUGGUCUACAGAGGGUUAAUCAAUGCUUGCGAGAUGCCUGCUAUAAUUCUGAUAUUAAUGACUGCUCAGUAUUAAUUGAUUGUGGCCAUGCAUUUGGUGAGAAGUUAGAUAUGUGGAAAAAUAAUACAAAUGCUGCUGCUUGUUUGGAUGCCAGUUCUGGUGCCUUUUCAUAUGGAAUUUAUGAAGUGGCUGUACCCCUAACUGUAGAAGUUGGGGUGAUCAGAAAAUAUGUAUUUGCACUGUUUUGGGGCUACCAGCAAGUCAUCACUUUGGCUGAUAACCUAUCCCCAAGCUAUUUUGUGUGGGAAGUCCUAUUUGCAAUGGCCAUCAUGGUUUUGGGACUAUGCUUUUUUGCUCUUUUCAUCGGAAACAUACAGAGCUAUCUUCACACUCUUAGACACAGGAGGCUAGAAAUGGAACUUAGAGGUCGUGAUGUUGAGCAAUGGUUGAGCCAUCGCCGCAUACCAGAAGAUCUAAGAAGGAGAGUACGAAUGGCUGAAAGGUAUAAUUGGGCAGCAACAAGGGGUGUGAAUGAAGAAAUGCUUAUGGAGAAUUUGCCAGAAGAUCUCCAGACAGACAUAAGACGUCAUCUCUUCAAAUUUGUGAAGAAAGUUCGAGUGUUUUCCUUGAUGGAUGAACCUAUCUUAGAUGCUAUUUGUGAUAGACUAAAACCAAAGGCGUACAUGAAAGGAAGUAGAAUUUUGACUCAAGGUGGGUUUGUAGAGAAGAUGGUCUUUGUUGUGCGUGGAAAAUUAGAGAGCUUUGGAGCAGAUGGAACUAGAGUUACCUUAUCUGACGGCGAUGUUUGUGGUGAAGAACUUCUGACAUGGUAUAUUGAACGUGUUUCUAUAAGCACAGAUGGUAAAAAAGUAAGGCUUCCAAGACAAAGAUUGGUUAGCAAUCGGACAGUAAAGUGCUUAACAAAUGUGGAGGUUUUUUCUCUGCGUCUUGCAGACCUUGAGGAUCUCACAAUUCUUUUCGCAGGAUCCAUGCAUAACCCUCGUGUUCAAGGAGCAAUGAGGUAUGGAUCACUUUAUUGGAGACCCCUUGUAGCAAAACGAAUUCAAGUUGCAUGGAGAAACAGGAAGAAGCGUCGUACCUCAGAAUCAAAUUAAACAUUCAAGUCCUGUGAUACUUUUGUGUGUAAUAAGGUCAACAAAGUUAGAAUAUAAUUAAAUCGAUUGACGAUUUAUAACUUUAAAGAUUUCAUUAUUUUAUUAAUAGUUUUAAGAAUCAGUUUAAUUGUCAUUACAAUUUCAGAAACUAAGCUAUUCUCUCACAAUAAAGCCCAUUUUUCUUUGUCA